UCAUUGUAUAGUCCAGGCUGGUUCAGAACUCCAAGAACUCCGCAUGUCCUUCUGACUUAGCUUUCUAAUCCACCGCCACCAAGGCUCCAGCUCUUUUACUAGAAAUGGCUGCCUGACUUGGGGCAACCCUUGACUACCUCGGUUUCUCGCUUGGUGGUGGUAUUAGUGAGGAGAUGGUAGAGUGUUAAUUUGACUGCCCCACAGGAGCACUGUUACCCGUGUUGUAAAAGUGUUAAGGUAAAUUAGAAUAGCCCGGAGUAAAUUAGCAUACCGUCCCCCUACCCCUAGCAUUUUAACGGCAACGACUGCAGCAUCUUUACAUUCUGUGGAGGCAUCCCCGGACCUGAUCCCCUUUUGGCCUCAGCAUUCCAUUUGGUCUCUGGAUUACUUUUUGGAAGUAAUUAAUCUGCAGAAGUCAGGGGCUGACACUCCCCAAGGCUCCAGGUGACCAUUCCUGUUUGACUCCGCCCCACGGAAAGAAGGUGAGGUAGGGGGCGGGGCUGUUGGUGGGGGUCGGCAGGAUUGGUGAGUAUACUGGCCCUUCGGUCAGUCCCACACCUGUCAUGCUCCUAUGCGUGGGACACCUCUAUGACGGGCAAUAAUGCUGCUGCUACUGCUGCUGUUGCUGCUGGGACCUGGACCCCGAUUCAGCGAAGCAACCAGGAGGUCACAUGUGUACAAGCGUGGACUCCUGGAACUGGCAGGGACCUUGGAUUGUGUUGGUCCUAGAUCACCGAUGGCUUACAUGAACUAUGGCUGUUAUUGUGGUCUUGGUGGCCAUGGAGAUCCACGUGACGCCAUUGACUGGUGCUGUUACCACCAUGACUGUUGCUACUCUCGGGCUCAGGAUGCCGGCUGCAGCCCCAAGUUAGACCGCUACCCAUGGAAGUGCUUGGAUCAUCGCAUCCUGUGUGGACCAGCAGAGAACAAAUGCCAAGAACUUGUGUGCAGGUGUGACGAGGACCUAGCUUACUGCCUGGCAGGGACGGAGUACCACCUGAAAUACCUCUUCUUUCCCUCCAUUUUAUGUGAGAGAGAUUCACCCAAGUGCGACUGACUGAUGGGCUCAAGUGCCCCUUUGCACAUGGAAAUGAAGUUCACUCACAGUAGUGAACAACAGCAUUCCAUCUGUGCUGGAGAGCCCCUGGAGGCCAAGUGAUAAAACCUGUGUUUGCUUUCUCCCUCCAUUCAGGAGCUCACAUUUAUGGCAGCCUGUGGAGCUUUCAGUUUGAUGAAGGUUGAAAGUCCUAGGCCUGUUUUAUACAAAUACCACUGUGUUGGGCUUGGUAUAACUUUUAAAGUUCAACAUUUAUGAAAGACUGUACUAUCUUCUACCUGCUGCAGAGGGUUGGUGGUCAAAUGUGGAUGAACACCUGCUUAGGCUUGGCUAUGGUAAUAACACUGCCACAUGAUACAUCUGAGAAUAGUUCUGUAAUAAAAGAAUGUUCCCUACUUGUCUCCA